AGUUACUAUAUAUUAUCCGUUCAAGGGAAUGAUCGGUCUAUGUUUGAGUAGAUAUUGGCAAACGGACAUGUUGAUAUUUACUUAACUAUUUCAUUUCAGGGAUAAGUUUGGAUGUAAACAUAUAUAUUGGUAGGAUAGGAGCAAUAGUAGUGUGUUUGUGUUAGGAUUACGUGACUAUGUUUGUUUGUACAUGUAUACGAGUAUUCAACUAUUGUGUAUCGAAUUAAUUUGUAUUAAAAGGCAGUCCGUGUCACGAGUUUGACCAAUAUACAUCUCCUCUUUGCCUCCAUCUGUUUUACAGACUCUUAUCCCAACGAGUAACAUCUAUUUCUGGUACCAUUUGCUUAGUAUGCCCUGCAUCUAAAUUUGUUUUUAUCCAGAGCUAUUAAUAUGCCUCCGUUGUUGUGUAAGUGUGAUUAAGAAAGUGAUGUAAAAAAAAAAGAAACUAUAAAAAACGGUGUAUUCACUAAUUCGCUUAUUGAACAGUACGUUUGUCGAUCACACUCUACAUUUUUGGCACUGUUAUUGCACGAGUAACAUGGGCACUUUAGAUAUUUUUACACGUAUUUUUUUCUGAUUUAAAACAAAUAUACACAGCCGGGCUGAAAUACUGGCACUGAGCACGUUUUUUUAUGGGGCAUAAACGGUUAAAGUCCAAAAUACAUUAAUUCAUUCUUUGCUUAUCGCAUAUUAUAAUCACACUACGUAAUGUAUUCCAUCGGCAUAAAGUACAUGUACUAUAAAGAUUGAUAACAAUAUAUAGGGAAAUGCUUAUACGAGAGAGGAUUAUACAUGUGCACUGCAGUAAGUUAUAAGAUCAAGAGAUUAACCAUGGCUUUCCUCGGGAAAUUGGGUACUAGGCUGCAAACAACGGUGUUCAUGCUGUCCUGCAUGAGUGCAAUUGCCGUUGAUAGUUCUAUUCGCUUGUUUGGAGGAUCUUCAGACAAAGAGGGCGCUGUCCAGGUCAACGUGACAGAUGAAUGGAGGAACAUCUGUAAUGACGGAUGGGAUGCACUGGAUGCUCUGGUAACCUGCAGACAGCUGGGGUUUACUGAAGGAUAUGCUUUGCUAUGGUAUGAUACGAUGAAUAUCCAUGGUACAACUGAAGCACCAAAGAAUUGGCUUGACACCGAGGGAAACGAAUUCGCUUGCAACGGAAACGAGAAAACCCUGUUGUCAUGCAAGCACACGAAGAGCUCCACCUAUUGCCCACAACGUGCUGGCGUCGCCUGUGGGGUCACAGAAGUCAAAUACAAUGACAUAUUGGCGGAAGAUUGGGGCAACCAUGAUGUCACUUAUGAAGUGAUCACUUCAAGCGACAGGUCAGGUGGUCGAGUACUGGCUAAACAUGCCUAUAAUUUUCAAGGCAUAUACUUGACUGGUGGUGUUUGCGACAUGAACCAGCGAAUGGCUAUGUUAAUAUGCAGUGAACAGGGAUACAGCAAUGGUGGGCAGGUACUGAAAGUUCCGUCCUUAGAUGGCCUACCGAUGCUUGUUAGCACAGUAUCAUGUGGUUGGAAUAAUAGGGAUUCUGGAUGGUGCGAACGGACGUACACAUCGACGGGUGUUUGCACCGAUGGUAUCCAAUAUAAUGGUGUCCAGUGUUAUACAACAUUGGCGCCGUCUGUCACUGGUGCCCUAGUUUUCGCUGCUCUGGCGUCCUUGAUUAUCCUCAUAGCCGGUGCGUGUGCUGUACGUUGGAUCUUGAAAGAUCGAAAACCUUCCCACGUUCCCCUCAAUAUUGAUGUGAAUGAGCCUGAUGACGUUUAAUGAAUACAAAAAUAUGUAUUUUUGUUUGUUUAAAUGGGAUAUAAAUGCAUGAAAUCAUCAAAUUACUCCCCAAUUCUCACUCGUCUUCUGCCCUAGUUUCGAAAUCCUGCUAGCGUAAAGAAGAAGACCACGGCCUCGUGUAUACGUUUUUG